AUGACGGAUUUGAUCCCGCGCCUGCAGGGCUAUCUUACCGCUGCAGGUCGCGAUUCAGCCCUCGCCCAGCGGCUGAGCAAUAUGACAACUAUGCUUUCAGGUAUACGCAUCCGUGAUGGAAUGGUUGCCACUAAGCAUUUUGUGUGCAACCUAGACGCCGUGUCGCUCAUACUUCUCACCGUCACCCUCGUCGCUUUCCUCGUCCCCGUCUUGAUCCUCUUCCCUCCCGUUCCCGUGGAUCGCAGCGAUGUCCUCCGGCAGACCCACUCGCGGGCCGGCGUGGCCGUCCAAGACAUGGACAUCGGCCCUGGCAGAUCGCCCGAGCGCCGGCUCCCCGGGGCAGAGCCGGAAGGGAAGGGGGCUGUUGCACAGAGUCUGCUUGUUUUCCCUGUUCAGCCAUGUUGUGGAAUUGAGCUAGAGCGUGACGUUGCCUCAUUCAAGCACUCAGAGUUUGAUCGUCUGUACACGCUUGCUCAACGGGACUCUGAAGUUGGUCAGAAAGAUGUUUGGCAAGCUAUCUCACGCGAACACUUCCCGUUGCUAGCCAAUAUCGAGGUCGACCUCUGGAUUCCUGAUCCAAACAAGACUAGCCGUCUGUUGGGUCAUAUUGAAGGCUCCUUUCUUGUCUUGAAAUUCCCCUGGACAGAUUCAGGACUACAGGGUAUUUUGCAACAAGUCGCAGCCAAAAUUAGCCACGGCUUGAAAGCCACACCUGAAAAGGAGUUCUUGUUGCCAGUGUCAUUCCCGAACGAGGAGGAAAUUCGAGCAAGAGGUUAUUCCUUUGCUGAAGUCACGAUCGGAGGAAAAAAUACUACGGGACUGAACAUGGAUGUUGAACUUCCUGCUGAGCUGGCUCGGUAUCUGGGAGCUGAGCGACAAAUCGGGAUCUUCAGGGUAGAUCAACUGUGA